AUGGAGGCUGCUGUCAAAGUUUCCGAAAGAGAACUUUUACUCCUUAUAGUUGACGUCAAUCCCUACGCAUGGAGUAACAGUAAACUUUUAGAAAAAAUUAGUCUUGAAAAGUUUUUAGACACCAUUCUUGUGUUUAUUAACUCGUAUCUCUUACUUUCUCACGGUAAUCUUCUCGCUGUGGUGGCAAGUCACAAUCAAUCCUGCACUAUACUUUUUCCUGAAGGGAGUAACGCUGCAGAUUCACUUCUCCUAUUUAAAGCGAAGGCGGAUAACUUUAAUGCAAAACAUUCAUUACUCGCAGCCGCCUUAGGAAAAUCGCUUUGUUAUAUUCAUCGCUUUAGAAAUAACGAAAAGUUUCAAGAACUUCUAAGCAGAAUACUCCUUCUUACCGUCUCUGAAGAUCAUUCAGUUCAGUAUUUAUCUAUAAUGAAUUCUAUUUAUGCCGCUGAAAAGUUGAAAAUUCCCAUCGACUGCUGUGUGAUUUCUGAAAACGACUCUGGUUUUCUGCAACAGGCUUCCACCUUGACAAAAGGGCUCUACUACAAAGUUGACUUGAAUGGAAGUAAAUAUUUACUUCAGUAUUUAUUGACUAUUUUUCUUCCGUCUGUUGAGUUGCGAAAGGAUUUACGACUGCCUAUACAGAAAGAAGUUGAUUUCCGUGCUUCUUGUUUUUGCCAUAAUCAAGUGAUCUCGUUGGGCUUCGUUUGUUCGGUUUGUCUUUCCGUUUAUUGUGGGGAUGUUCCGAUUUGCUCUACUUGCCAGUCCCGGUUUAGGCCUUGGAACUCUGAAUAACUGAGAUUUUGAGUUUUCUUUGACUUAAAUAACUUAUAAUAAAACUUUUUAUUUAUGUUA